AUGGUAGCAACCCUUUCCGGCUCUCAGAUGGGCAUCGGAGGCACAGUGACAUUCUCAGGCAAUAACAAUGCCACUCGAAUCCGUGCAGCAAUCACUGGUCUAGCACCUUUAAACGAACCAGUUUUAUGGCACAUUCACGUAAACAAGAUAACAAACAAUGAUUGUGCUACUGCGGGUGGUCAUCUCAAUUUGUUGAAUAUCAAUGAGGAGACUAGUAAUUGUACUAAGGAUGACAAUACUUGGCCUACGAAUUGUGCUACUGGAAAUCUCGCUGGCAAGCUUGGUCUACUAAGUAAGAAUGGAACUCAUACUGGCGUCGAUCAUACGUUCUCCUUGGCUGAUUUGCAAGGUCGUAGUAUCGUCAUCCACAAGAAUGAUGCUGCAAAGACAAGGCUUGCAUGCACAGACAUUGUUGGAAGUGCUGGCGCAACAACUGUCGCAAAAGGAGCUAACCUCAAAUUGGCAAGUCCCGAACCCGGUGCUGUGUUGGAGAGUCCCAAACCAGAAAAGGGAAAAGCAAUUCCUCUUGCUACUGCCAAACCCAACAAGCUUGGAGCAACUCCCAAGCCUAGCAAAGGUGUUGCUACUUCUCCCAAGCCUAGAAACCAAAAGGGAAUCGGUGGCUCCGUCACCUUCGUCGACUCGGACGGUGCCAUCCGUAUCCGUGCAGAUGUCACGGGUCUGGACAAACUCGACGGCCCCGAAUUCCUAUGGCACAUUCACGUAAAAUCCAUCACAAACAACAAUUGCACGUCCGCUGGUGGACAUCUCAACCUGCUCAAUAUCAAUGAAGAGGCAACCAACUGUACGUCAAAUGACAAGACUUGGAAUACUACCUGUGCUACGGGCAAUCUUGCUGGCAAGUUUGGAGCCCUUACGAAAGGGGGAACCAACACGGGUAUAGACCAUUCAUUCACAUUGGCGCAAAUCCAAGGGAAAAGUGUUGUCAUUCAUUUGAAAGAUGCUACCAAGACCAGGAUUGCAUGUGCAGACAUUGUUCUCAAUGGAUCACCAGUAACACCCGGUGGAAAAGCUCUGGCAUCUGGAGCUCCAACUCGGCAGGAAUCCACCACGCCUGAACCUGUCAGCGUGAUAUGGCCUGAUUGGGAGCUAGAUAUCCCUGCUUUCGACUAUGACUUGUCGUUGCCAACUGUUCCUCUAUUCGACUUUGAAGCCCCACAACCAUAUAAACCAGCUGCUGCAUGGACAGCGAGGCUAGCUAUCAGCCCGAACAGCGUCUCCAUACCGCUUCAAGUACAAAUGCACCCUCUUGAUUACAUUGAUGUUCAAGAUCUAGUCCAGUCCUUUUUUCAGUUCGUGUAUCCCAUUGCUCCAAGAGUUGCAUAUCUUCAUCCGCCGACUCACAUGGACUUUGGCAUCAAGCCCAAAAGCCCGUUGCUGUUUCAUGCCAUUUGCGCCAUAGGCGCUUCUGUUUCUUCUCAGCCGGCACUCCUUCAUUUUGAUGCUGCAUCCCCGGUUCAUCGUGGAUGGGGUUAUAUAGAGAAAUGUCAUGAAAUCCUGGGUGAAGCAUUACAAAAUCCGUCAGUGGAUACGGUACAGGCUCUUUUAUUGAUGUCGCAUUUUUUCAGUCGAGCUGACGAUCAAAAGCUGACGAUGCAAUUCGUGCGACUGUCUGCCAGGAUGCUUAUGUUGUUAGAUAUGGAUCAAGACCCAGAUAUUUUAACUCAGAAACAUUUGUUGAAGCCUCAAACAUUUUUAGAAGAAGAGACUCGCAGGCGGACGUGGUUUUGUGUUCAUGGUCCUGAACAAGGUACUGCAGCGAUGACCAACCAAACUUCAAUAACACUUCGAGACCCCUACGAGCUGUCUGAAGUCUCAAAGGUGACACUACCGUGCUCAGAAAGGACAUGGAUGGCUAUAAACCCCAGGACUGGAGCGAUGCCAGCGGUUGUAGAGAGCGAUCUCGUUGAUUCUAUACAGGCCUGUAUCGAAGUGUGUAGGCUGUUCACGCUGUCUGUACGGGUGACUGUCCUAUACAGUCUCGACUCUUGGGCACCGCCAGGACAUGCUGCAGCUCGGAAACUAUCCGAUUUUCCCGAUGAUGAUUUAAGGCGAGGACUCACGCUCAAGAAUUUGGACUUUCGGCCUGUCAUGGAAAGAGCCCUCAGAGACUUUUAUCUCAAGUUACCCAGCUACAUGAAGAUAGAAUGUGUCUAUGGAAGCCCCACAGCCUGUAGUAAACUUCAAAGCUGGUUCAAGAAUGUGUUGGAGUGCUCACGAACACCGAAUGGGACAACCAACGGCUGGAACGUCAUCUUAAUACACAUCAUGUAUCAUACUGCGAUACUAGGCAUUGCGAAGCCUGGAGUGAUUCUCGCUCUGAAGACACUGUCAGCGGAAGAGGUACUGAUGGACAAGAACGUGAACGAUGCAAAGACUUCGGCACUACAGAUACUUAGUUUCAUACAACAUAUCAUCGUUCCUUUCAAUCCUACGUGGGACCUUUUUGGAGAGUGGACGGGGUUCGGCGUUGACUCCUGCGUUAAGGCUCUGGCCACGUUAUCUGCUCUGCCUGGCAAUGAGCAUUUCCUUCGGCUCGCUGAUAUGGCACUGAAGGGCUUCGCGACUAUACGCCCUUACUCGGCGCUGGCCCGUCUAGUCAGGAAGGGAGUGGAUGAUGUCGUCUCUCUACAGGCAUCUGUGAAGACGUCUUCAGAAGACGAGGACAAGGAGGAGAGGCGCAAACGAAGACGGAGGCUGAUUGCCAAUUUGCUGAUUCGAUUGCUUGCUCCAAUUGAUACACCCGAGAUUUCUCCACAGGACACGACCACCAAGCCUGCUAACGUGAUAUUUGGCUUGGAUUCGGGAUAUUCUGAUUUGGAUUUCUCAUUGCCAACUGUUCCUGCGUUUGACUUUGAUUUUCCAAUUCCGAUUGGCGCAUCUGCAGGUCCAUGGACAGUCAGACUGCCUACCAGAUCCAGUAUUGUCUCCGUACCGUCUCAAGUACCAAUCCACCCUUUGGACUGUAUUGACGUGAAAGACCUCAUUCGAUCAUACUUCAAGUUCAUCUAUCCAAUUGCUCCGCGGUCAUCCUUCCUACAUCCUCCAUCACAUUUAGAUUUCAGCAGACCCAGGAGUCCCUUGCUGCUUCAUGCCAUAUGUGCAAUAGGUGCCUCCGUAUCGUCUCAACCGUCACUGAUUCAGCUUAAUGCUUCGGAACCGGUUCAUCGUGGAUGGAUUUAUAUAGAAUUGUGCCAUGCUCUGUUGAGUGAAGCAAUACAGACCCCAUCUGUUGAGACGGUGCAGGCUCUAGCUGUGAUGUCACACUUCUUUAGUCGGGCCGGUGAACCAAAACUAGCUAUAGAUUUCAUGCGACUUGGCGCCCGAAUGAUGAUGCUCCUACAAAUGGAUCAGGACCCAGAUAUCUUGACUCAGAAGCGUCUGUUGCAGCCUCAGACCUUCCUACAAGAGGAGACACGCAGACGGACGUGGUUUUGCCUACAUGCUCCUGAACAAGCCAUGGCGAUUAUGACGAACCAAACGUCGCUAACACUACGAGACAAGUUUGAAUUGGAUGAAGUAUCAAACGUUACAUUUCCGUGCUCAGAGCAAACGUGGAUGGCCAUAAAUCCAAGGAGUGGAGCAAUGCCAGCGUUGGUGGAAAGUGACAUGGUUGAUUCUGUACAGGCUAGUAUAGAGGACUCUUGGGCACCACCAGGAUUCUUCGCCUCUCAGAAACUAUCUGAUUUUCCUGAUGGUAUGGACCCGUUCUUUGAUUUAAUUACCAACAGGAAACUAAAUGCCUUCCAAUUCCUUUUGUUUUCAGACGAUCUGAGGCGAAGGCUUACGCUCAAGAAUCUGGACUUUCAACCCAUCAUGGAAAAACGCCUUAGAAACUUUUAUCACCGAUUACCAAGCUACAUGAAGAUAGAGAGUGCCCAUGAUAACAAGGCGGUCGGGAGUAGUGGACUACAAGGUUGGUUUAGGGGUGUGUUGGAGUGGACGAAAUUGUCGAAAGUGGACACGAAUGCUUGGAACGUCGUCUUUAUACACCUCAUGUAUCAUACUUCUAUACUUUGUAUUGCGAAGCCUGGAGUAAUUCUUGCUCUGAAAACACUGACAGCAGUGGAAGCCUCAAUGGACAGAAACGUGAUGGAUGGCCAGAUAUCUGCGUUUCAGAUAUUCAACUUUAUACAAGAUGUCAUCGUACCGCUGAAUCCUAGAUGGGAGUUUAUUGGCGAGUGGACAAGCUUUGGGGCCGAGGCUUGCGUCAAGGCUUUUGCCACUUUGUCCGUUCUGCCUGGCCACGAGCAUUUACUUCAACUGGCUGAAGUAGCACUCAAAGGCUUCUCAAGUAUAAGGCCCAUCUCGGGCCUAGCGCGUCUCGUAAUAAAGAAUGCCACGCAGGCUAUUGAAAAGGCAAAGGAGCACCGCAUGAAGAGGAAAGGAAUAGAUCAGGUCGUCCCUCUGCAUUCAAUGGCUAGGAAAUCGUGGUUCGAAGACGAGGACGAGGACGACUAUGAUCAGCCCAAACGACUACGGAAACUGGACACAACCCCCAGACACACCAACGUGAUGAUCGAUUUCGGUCGAAAUGGUUUUAAUUUCUCCUUGCCUACUCCUCCUGGAUUUAACCUCGACGUGCCAGCUAGUCCAUCAUGGUCGUCAAUCAAUAUGGGGUCUGAAUGGGCACCUACCCGAUACAACACGGUCCCUAUACCACCUCAAGUACCCAUGUGCCCGCUUGAUCGUGUGGAUGUCAAAGACCUAGUCCAGUCCUUCUUUCGGUUCCUCUAUCCAAUCGCUCCCCGUUUCGUGUUUUUGCAUCCUCCAACACACUUGGAUUUCACCAAGAGCAAAAAUCCCUUGUUGUUUCAUGCCAUAUGUGCUCUAGGUGCGACUGUGUCAUCACAACCGGCACUGCUUCAUCUUGGGGUCUCUGACCCAGUGCAUCGUGGAUGGGCAUACAUUGAAAAGUGUUAUGCAUUACUGGACGACGCAAUGCAAAACCCAUCAGUUGAAAUCGUUCAUGCUCUUGGACUGAUGUUUUCAUUUUGUGUUCGAGUUGGUGAACAAAGGCUAUGCUUUAAAUUCGUUCGGCUGGCAUGCAGGAUGAUGAUGACUCUCCAGAUGGACCAAGACCCAGAUAUUUUGACACAGAAACGCUUGCUGAGGCCUCAAACCUUUCUGGAAGAAGAAACUCGCAGGCGGACGUGGUUUGCCUUGUGCGGUCCUGAACGAGCCAUUGCGAUAAUGACCAAUGAACCCUCAAUAACGCUUCCAGACCAGUCCGAGCUGGACGAGGUUUCUAAUGUGACACGUCCCUGCUCAGAGGCGACGUGGAUGGUCAUCAACCCCAAGACGGGGAAAAUGCCAGAUUUUGUGGAGAGUGACAUGGUUGAUUCUGUGCAAGUCUGCAUCGAAGUCUGUAGGCUGUACGAGCUUACAAUGCGGAUAACAACCUUAUACAACCUCGAUUCCUGGACGCCACCGGGAUACCUCGCGUCCCAGAAACUGUCCGACUUUCCUGAUGGCGAUUUGAGACGAAAGCUAACGCUCAAGAACUUGGACUUUCAGCCCAUCAUGGAAAAACGUCUCAAAGACUUUUAUCUCCGACUGCCGAGCUACAUGAGGAUUGAAAGCGCCCACGGUACAAGCCCAGUUGGUAGCAGUAAGCUGCAGACCUGGUUCAAGGGUGUGCUGGACCGGGCACUUGACUCGAAGUUUGACACGAAUUCCUGGAACGUUAUCUUUGCGCACAUAGUGUUUCAUACUUCGAUACUGGCCAUCGCAAAGCCUGGCGUUAUUCUCGCUCUGAAAACGCUAAAACCGGAGGAGGCACUGACAAACAAGCACGUGAAUGAUGCCAAGAGUUCCGCAAUUCAAAUAUUCAAUCUGAUACAAGAUGUCAUCAUACCGCUGAACCCUAAAUGGGAGUUAAUGGGCGAGUGGGCGAGUUUCGGAGUCGAGUCUUGCGUCAAGGCUUUGGCCACUCUGUCUGCUCUCCCCGACCAAGAACAUCUUCUCCACCUCGCCGAGGUAGCAGUCAAUGGCUUCCAGGGAAUACGGCCCUACAUGGCUCUAGCACGUUCAGUAACGGUUAAUUGUAGACAGGCAAUCGAGAAGGCACAAGAAUAUCGCUCCAACUGA